AUGUCAUCUUCUUCUUCAUCGGGUUCGACGGACACCAUGGAAGCCGUAAAAUAUUUUAUAAACAAGGUUGUAGAGGCGACACAAAUAAUUUUGGAAGAAGAGGAGGAGGAGGUUUCGUCACAACCACGAAACAAGAACCCACACAUCGAGCGAGACCGAGAAAGUGCUAACCAAAGAUUAAUCGUUGAUUACUUUGCCGACGAGCCGCUGUACUCGGAGGCUAUUUUUAGACGCCGUUUCAGAAUGAGUCGUCGACUUUUCUUAUGUAUCGCCGACGAUUUAGCCGCUUAUCACCCGUUUUUUACCAUGCGACCCGAUGCUAGAGGCAAAAUGGGCUUCACCACUUUACAGACAUGUACUGCGGCGAUUCGUCAACUUGCUUAUGGGACGACAGCCGAUUCUUGGGACGAAUACUUAAAGAUGUCCGAAAGAACUGCUAGAGAAUGUUUAUACAAGUUUUGA